UGGUAGGUCCGCACAGUCCGUGCGUGGCUCGUGACUCAGCCGUCUUGGGGUCAUUUCACGGACAGCAGAGAGGAGGAAAGGAGCCCAGGUCCCGGUCAGAAGGAAGGGAUGCUAGGCCCUGGUUGGAGAGGUGACGCCCUGCCCCGGGAGGAGGAGAGUGGGCCGGGUCUGCCCUCUCCCCUCCCACCUGCUCCCUCCCACUCACGCGGAACCGCUGCCUCCUUCCCUCGCUCAAUCCCGCAGCUUCGCUUUGCCCAGUCGCUCCGUGCAGCCGCCGCAGUGCAGCCACCAUGUACGUCUGCAGGGCUGCCUGGCAGGCGCUAGCCGCUCGCUUGGCCAGCGUGUCCUCCACGGCCACCCUUCUCAGGAAGCAUGCACCUCUUCGCCAGAUGUCAUCUGGCAGCGUCCCUGGCUCUUCUGGAGAGAACCUGAUUUACUAUCUGUUUGCUGGUGUGGCGUGCACUGCUGGUGGAUAUUAUGCCUACAGAACAAUCAAGUCAGACAAAAAGAGGUACAACGAACGUAUUCAUGCUAUUCAGCAGAGUAAUACAGCGGAGUGGAAACCAAAACCCUGGCCACCCCAGUGUGAUGAACUGGAGACGGCUGAAGUCACUGAAGCAAGCGAGCAGGCCACAGAGGUACCUACAGAAGAGGCUGGAGGACUAACUGCUGAUGAAUCGACAGAAGAGAAUGAAGGAUCUAUGGCAUCCACAGAAGCUGAAGGGGAAAAAGAAUCACCAGUUGCAGAUGCAUCCUCUGCUGUGGAAGAAGCACGGCAGGAAGCCACUGCUAGCUUGGAGGCUGCCCAAAUGCAAGAAGUUGUGGGUGAAGGCUUGGAUGCUGCAGCACCUUCUGCUCAUGAGGACAAUGUAGACAGUAUUCAAGAAGGAACAGCCUCAGCAGCUCAAGAGAUGCCUGACACAUCCUCAAGGAACCAGGAGGCUGUUGAGGGUGAGUCUGGGCAGGAUUCAGAAGCUUCUUCGGCAACAACGGGAUCUCAAGAAAUUCUUAAGGAUUCUUAAAGUUUCUCAAGCAACCUUCUUCUAGCACUUCCCUAGUGGACCUGUGAAAGAAGAGGGUGAAGUUGAAUAGAAAUGAACUAACUGUUCACCAGGGAUCUGUCACUGUGUGUGUGUGUACAAAAUGUUAAAUAGAUUUCUCUCCUCUAUCUGUUUGCUAAUUUGCUCAGUCCAUUACAUGGCACUAUGUAAUAUCACUCAAUACCUGUCACCAUCUUGUGAUUAAAAGGGCAAAUAUUGUUUUGUAUUGUACUAAUAGAAAGGCCAUAUGUUCUGGUUUUUCAUCUGAUAUGUCCCGAAAACCAUUUCUGGAUCAUCUGAAAUGUCCUGUAUUUUUCCUUUCAUUGAUCCAAACAUUUUUUAAUAACUACACAAUGUUUGUUCAAGAUAUAUUGCUGUUCCAAAUAGAAAUUGCUCUGUACUUACCAGGAAUAAAAUGGUGCAGUGGAACAGAUAUUCUGUUUGAUGCACAUGUUGGAAGUGCAGAAAAAAUCUGAAUGAGUGUUGACACAGGCAAAGCCGUUCUAUUGUUCAAAGUGGACACAGUGUGUCAUGACAAAUUCAUUGAGAAUACGAACCUACUGGAAUUUAUCCUGCAAGCCGAGAAAUGUGAACAUAUUGUUGAAUCAUAAGGCAACAGCAGUAACACUAGUAUAGAUUAAAAAAGGAAAUGUAUUUUUGGUUUUUACAUGAAGAUUUUGCAAUCCUAACUACUUGUUCCCAUAAAGGUGUCCCAGGUUUUGAUUUUGAAAACAUAGUCACCUUAAUGAAUGUAGAGGUAGUAACAGUAUUAUUUCAUUUGUUAAGGAAUAAUAAACGCACACAACUGUAAAUGAUCCAUGUUUGAACUAACUGCAAAUUUAAAGAAAAAAUUAUUCUGAGCAGUAAGGGAGAGUCUGUGCAUGUGGUUGUUACCAACUAGAAUGUGGCUGCAAAUAUUACUCGUUAAAAUGUGCUUCUACUCCAAAAAGCAACUUUUACAAAAUAGCAUCAUGGGGUUCCAAAUGACUCCAUAUAUAAUCCUGUUUAGUUUACAAAUAAAAGGAUGUAUUUUUCUAACUGCCAGUGCUGCAAACACAGUAUGAAAUCUGAAAGGCAAGCUGGGUUUUUCUGUCCCACGCAUCACUAGCAAUAAAGAUUCUCCACUCAAGACAUAGUUAACAAGAUGGUAAGCUUUUUAUUUUAUUUGAUGAAGUCAUUAGCUAUGGCUCUGAAUAGACACUGAAAGAUGUAACUUUUACAGUUACUUUUCAAAGUAGAGCCAUGCUUCAAUAUAUGCCUGUUGGGUGAGAGUUUGGCCCCAAGGUAAAAUCAUUCAGGUGUGGAAGAGGCUUAUAUGAGGCCUGUUUUUUAAACAAAGUUUGGGGUUUGGAAUACAGAGGCCUCAUCCUGCAUGUUGUCUUGGCAAACACAUUAUUACAAACCUUUUAAACCUUUUAUUAAAGAUUCUGGGGAGGCUUGGGGAGGGGGAAAGAAAAACACUUCAAGCCUUCGAAAUGUAAAGUAUUAAGUAAGGCUUUAAUUUUAAGAACAUCCCCUGUUCCUUUUCCACUUAGCUGGAGACAGUCUUUAGAAGGAAAAAUCCCCUGUGUUUGACCAUCUUAGAUGGUAAUAACUAUCUUUUUGGGGAAACGAGAAGAAGCCAUUGAGAUGGGCUGGAGUUGCUGUUGUUGUUAAAGUCCAAUCCUGU